CAGUAUUUACACAGGCAUCGUUAUCUAAACUCUGAAGAACAGCCGACUUGUCUGGGAGAACUGCACCUCGUUUAUAAACAACAGCAGCUACACGUUACUAAACAAAGGGACACAAAGGAUCAUUUUUUUUAGCACUGGAUUAAAGCAGCAUCUGAUGCUGUCAAUUAUGGAAACAUUGCAAAUGGGACUCCUAUCAAGAUCAGCAUUGUUCAAGUAUAUUAUUAUAUUUCUAAUCAUGAUUAACACAAGGGGUUAUGUGUUGGCUUCACAAGAGCAAGAAGCAACAACAAGUGUGCCUGAAGAGAGGCAAGUUGGUGUCACUCAAAAUAAAAUAAUGACUGCACAGUAUGAAUGCUACCAAAAAAUAAUGCAGGAGCCGGCACAUGGGAAAGAGGGACAGUUUUGUAACAGAACAUGGGAUGGCUGGUUAUGUUGGGGUGAUGUUGCUGCAGGAAUAAUAUCUGAACAGCGGUGCCCUGAUUAUUUCCAGGACUUUGAUCCUUCAGAAAAAGUAACAAAAGAAUGUGGCAAAAAUGGACACUGGUUCAGACAUCCUGACAGCAACAGAACAUGGACAAAUUACACAAGGUGUAACACCUUCACACACGAAAAAGUAAAGACAGCCUUAAAUCUGUACUAUUUGACUAUUAUUGGACAUGGACUAUCCAUUGCAUCACUUUUGAUUUCCUUGGGAAUCUUCUUCUACUUUAAGAACUUGAGCUGCCAGAGAAUUACACUUCAUAAAAACUUAUUUUUCUCCUUUGUUUGCAACUCUAUUAUUACAAUAAUUUCCUUGUCAGCAGUGGCCAACAACCAAGCUUUAGUGGCAACCAAUCCAGUCAUCUGCAAAAUAUCCCAGUUUAUCCACCUGUAUCUGAUGGGAUGUAAUUAUUUCUGGAUGCUGUGUGAAGGAAUAUAUUUGCACACUCUAAUAGUAGUGGCUGUUUUUGCAGAAAAGCAACAUUUAAUGUGGUACUAUUUAUUAGGAUGGGGAUUUCCAUUGAUUCCUGCAUGUAUACACGCUGUGGCCAGAAGUUUAUAUUAUAAUGAUAACUGCUGGAUUAGUUCUGAAACCCACUUGCUGUAUAUCAUUCAUGGACCAAUCUGUGCUGCGCUGUUGGUAAACCUGUUCUUUCUUCUGAACAUUGUACGUGUUCUGAUAACAAAACUCAAAGUUACACAUCAAGCAGAAUCAAACCUGUACAUGAAAGCUGUGAGAGCAACACUUAUCCUUGUCCCUCUUCUUGGAAUUGAGUUUGUACUGUUCCCCUGGAAACCUGAAGGGCGGAUUGCAGAAGAAAUCUAUGACUAUGUUAUGCACAUCCUUAUGCAUUAUCAGGGUUUGUUGGUGGCUACAAUUUUCUGCUUUUUUAAUGGAGAGGUCCAAGCAGUCCUAAAAAGACACUGGAACCAAUACAGAAUUCAGUUUGGAAGUUUUGCUCAUUCAGAAGGCCUUCGCUCGGCUUCAUAUACUGUAUCUUCAAUCAGCGAGAUCCAGGGUACGACAUAUACCCAUGAUUACAGUGAACAUUCAAAUGGCAAAAACUGCCAUGAUAUGGAAAAUGUGUUUUUUAAAACAGAAAAACAAUACAUGUAAAAAUAUAUUUACCAAUAUCAAUUCUCUAUUUUACCCAGAAUUAACAAGUUACAUAUCAGUA